GGAACGCAUCACAUAAUGAUACCGCUGCCUUGUCUACACAGGAGAACUCUGCUCCGCUGAUCUGGGGGAAUGUCUGCAACUCCUGUGAGUCUGGGAUAAUACAAGACUGCUCUGGGACAUUGUUUUAGGUGGAAUUUGUUAAAAGCAGCAUAAACUUUAGGAAUUUAGUUUCAUUUACUGUGGAAUACAAGAUGCAAGGCACACUUCAACCAGCAGUGCACCCCAAAGAGAAGUAUCAGAAGAUGUGGAUACAGUGCCCUCUUGUGGAUUGCAUAUAAAUUACACCAUAGAAGGUCACAUUCUCUUCCUCAUUUGAAAACAUGGCUGCAGACUCAUUAACUUCAACAAGACUGAUCUUCCAAGAAAAUCAGAAAUGUGACAGCACAAUAAAACUUCACUAUAACUACACAGGGAAAUCCCUGAAAUGCAAUGGCAACCAGAUGGACAACACCACUGUGCUGUUCCUUAUCAUAUGCAGCUUUAUAGUACUGGAAAACCUGAUGGUUCUGAUUGCUAUAUGGAAAAAUAACCGAUUUCACAAUAGGAUGUACUUUUUUAUUGCCAACCUUGCACUGUGUGACUUGUUAGCUGGCAUAGCUUAUAUAGUAAAUAUCCUUAUGUCUGGAGCUAAUACCUGCAAUAUCUCAUUGACUGCCUGGUUUGUCAGGGAGGGCAGUAUGUUCGUCGCCCUUGGUGCAUCAACAUUCAGCUUGUUGGCCAUUGCUAUUGAAAGACAUUUGACAAUGAUAAAAAUGAGGCCUUAUGAUGCCAACAAGAAAUAUCGUGUAUUUCUGCUUAUCGGAACAUGUUGGCUUAUUUCUUUCUCAUUAGGUGCCUUGCCAAUCCUUGGCUGGAACUGCCUUAACAACUUGGACGACUGCUCCACUGUGUUACCGUUGUAUUCCAAAAAGUAUGUUGGAUUUUGCAUCAGCAUUUUCAUAGUAAUCUUGAUUGCAAUAGUCAUCCUGUAUGCACGGAUCUAUAUUUUGGUGAAGUCCAGCAGCCAAAGAGUCACAAACCACAACAAUUCCGAGAGGUCGAUGGCUCUGCUCAGGACAGUCGUCAUUGUCGUUGGCGUUUUUAUUGCUUGCUGGUCCCCUGUGUUUAUUCUUCUCUUGAUUGAUGUUGCUUGCAAAGUAAAGGAGUGCAUGAUAUUAUAUAAAGCACAAUGGUUUAUUGCUCUGGCUGUUCUCAAUUCAGCUUUGAAUCCUCUCAUCUACACUCUGGCCAGCAAGGAGAUGCGUCGGGCUUUCUUCCGCCUCGUGUGUGGCUGCUUGGCCAAGUCCAGUGCCUCAAGGUCUCUGCCAAUUCAACCAACGCCUGAUCAGAGCAGGAGCAAAUCCAGCAGUAGCAGCAAUUCUCCUAAACAUAAGGGAUUUAUAAAAACUCAUUUACAUUUAAGUAAGGAGGACAAAAGUGAAUCUUCGUUUCAUAACGGAAAUAUAAAAUGACUUAAUCUGAAUCUGAGAAAAAAAAAAAACACUGUAUUUUUUUUACAGUCCUUAUGGCACUUAAAUUAUGAUAAUUGAGUGGAUAGUACAAUAAAUUGUACAUCUAUAUUUAAGGCAUGAAUUUCAACAUUUUCUGAAGUACUGUAGCUCAGGAAAUAUAUUGCAUGUUCCAAUCAGUUACCCUUUAUACUCUUGCUUGCAGAACUUUCUGUAUGUUGUCUUUACUAUUCAAUACAAAUUCUAUUUAUAUUUCUGUCGACCAUAGCCAAUUAAAAAUAAUCUUUUUUAUGUUGUGGUCAUAUUUGCUUUGAAGAUAUUUCGUUUUAAAUAACGAAUUACUUGUUUUUUGUAUGUUAUGUGAUGUAUGUCUUUUUAAAACCACUAAAAUACUCUUUAUGCCAUCAGAAAUAACUAAAUAAAAAGGAUAUUAAUGUGCAUGUGGAGGACAAAAAAACUUAUAUAUAAUGGAUUGAUCUAUGUUUAUUCUUUUAUGUUGCUUUAUGAAUUUCCUGAUUUUGAACCAUGUACCUCAGUCUUUAUUAUUUCCAGAAUAGAUUUACUAAGUAGUUUUGACUGUGAAAUUUAAAAUGGCAAUAAUACUAAAUGCAAAACCAGAAGUGUUUUGCAGGCAACUUCAUUGCCGUUUUAAAUUUCAGUGGAAAAAUUGCUGAGACUCGUCAGCUUGCAAAAGCCACCGCUUAAAGAGUCUAGCCCUUCAUGUCUUAAGUGGGGUA